AUGGCCACCCAUGAGACCGGCGAGUACGUCGUCGAAGAUAUCGACGCCACCUCACUGCACACACAUCACGAGGGCGACGAGGACAGCGAUGGAAGUAGGAGGCGGGAGCUGGUAUCCAACCCUAGUUCGUCGGAGGAGACCGAUCCCCCACGAGAUGAAGAGGAGGCGGUCCGCGGCGAGAAGACGAACAAGUACGAACUACAGGACCAGACGAAUCUCCUGCCGGUGCGGCAAGUCGUUGUCAUUUUCAUGGGCCUCAAUUGUGCGCUCUUCUGCUCACUGCUUGAGCAGACGAUCGUCACAACAGCCCUGCCGACCCUCGGCAGAGUGUUCAAUGAGGCCGCCAUUUCGUCAUGGGUCGGAACGGCGUACAUGCUCACAUCGACCGCGCUGCAACCAGUAUAUGGCCGCCUUUCUGACAUUUACGGACGCAAGUCGGUCCUCCUGGGCUCCCUCGUCAUCUUUAUGCUCGGCUCGCUCGCUUGUGCGCUCAGCACUAGUAUGACCAUGUUAAUCGUCUUCCGCGCCAUUCAGGGCAUCGGCGGCGGCGGCAUCCUCACUCUUGCGCUCAUCAUCAUCUCCGACGUCGUGUCCCUUAAAGACCGCGGCAAGUAUCAAGGCAUCACCGGCGGUGUCGUGGCCGCGGCCAACUCGCUAGGCCCUAUUGUCGGCGGCACGUUCACCGAAAAGGUCACCUGGCGCUGGUGCUUCUACAUCAAUUUGCCCAUCACAGGCGUCGCGAUCAUUGUCAUCUUCUUCCUUCUCCCGCUCAAGAAAGUGCACGGGUCAGCACGCUCCAAGCUCCGCAAACUCGACUAUUAUGGAUCGAUCCUCACACUGGCAUGGGCAGUGCCGUUCCUCAUCGCCCUCUCAUGGGGUGGCACAAUGUACUCGUGGGCAUCGGCGGCCGUCCUUGCACCGCUUAUCAUCGGCAUUGUUCUGGGUUUCGUCUUCAUCUUCGUCGAGAUGAAGCUUGUCCCUCUCCCCCUCAUUCCCAUGUACAUCUUCCGCAAUAUGACUGUUGCGGCGAGCAUGGCGACGUCAUUCUGCAACGGCGCAGCCUUCUACGCCACACUAUACUACCUCCCGCAGUACUUUCAGGUUGUGCGUGGCGAGUCGCCCAUCCAGUCGGCCGUCGACAUGCUGCCCCUCACCUUCGUGCAGGUGUUCUGUUCCUUCUGCUCCGGCUACCUGGUGUCCAAGACUGGCGACUACAAAUGGAACCUGAUGGCAGGGUUCUUCAUCUGGACUAUUGGGCUCGGCUUGAUGUCAUCAAUCAACCCCUACACCUCCAAAGCGCACAUCUACGGCUACCAAGUCCUUAUUGGAGUCGGCGCGGGGCAGACCUUCCAGACUUCCCUCAUCGCGAUUCAAGCAAGUGUCGACCGCAAAGACAUGGCCACCGCGACGGGCACGCGCAACUUCCUCCGCAUGCUCGGGGGCACAGUCACGCUGGCCGUCUGCACAGCGAUCGUGAACAACAUUGCGCGGAGCAUGCUCGACGAGGUGUUCCCCGCCGACGUGGUGACGGCCGUCCUGGCCGCGCCGACCGAGCUCGCGGUGAUGGGCUUUGAUGAGCAGCAGAUCCGCCUCGUGCGCGAGGCAUACAGCCGCGGCAUCAAUGGGUGUUUCUGGUUCUCUGUGCCGAUGGCUGGGAUCUCGUUCUUCAUCACGGUGUUCUUCAUCCGGCGCGUGAGCCUCAAGCGGGAAGACGACGAGCAGAAGAAGGCCGAGGGCAGGGCGUGGGCCGAGGCGCGGAAGAAGCAGCGCCGGGCGGAGCAGACGGACUCGAGCGCGACGGCUGUGAGUGCGGGGUCGCGUGAGGAGGAGGCGAAGGCCCCCGCGGAGAAGCCGUCGGGGCCAAUAUCAUAG